CACCUGGCCCUAUAUAAUGCAAGAAUUCUGAUGCAUCUACCUGACUGAAGCUGGUGUCAGAGAAAAAUCCUAAAAGAGAAAAGGGUAACAUAAUGAUCUUCCUAUGUAUCCUAGUCUUGGCAGCUACACUUAUAGAAAAAGGUAAGCCCAGAUGAAUUAUCAUGUUCUUAUUAAUCAAAGGAAACCAAAGAAUUAGUGUAUGAGUUUGAGUAAAAAGAUGUGUCAAAAGCCCCAAAAAUUACUUUGCAAAUAAGCAAAUUCCUUUUUUCCCAAGGGCAAAUGCAUAAUGCAUACACAUGUAAACUAGGCUGCCUAGAUUAUAGCUGCACAAAGUAAAAUUCUCAAUUUCUUGUAUUUAAAAUAGCUUAUUAAAACUGGGUACAUAAAUUGUUAUUUAGAAUUCAGAAUUUUCUUUAAUACCUACAUUAUUUUUCUUGCAAAGUCAACACACUGCAAGCAUGUAUUCUAUUUUUAAAUGAUCAAUCAAAUGUUACACACUUAAGGUUACACGUAAACUGACAGGCUCUGUUGAUAGCAUAAUAGACAGGAAAAAUACUGUGGCUGCAUUUAAAAUAGUGCUUUAUUUUUUCUCCUCCAUUAUAAUUUAAAUUCAAAAUUACUCCUGGAUGAAGAAUAAGUGUGUAAAAUAUCAGAGAACAAGGUGGUUAUUCUCAUCAUAUCUUCUCUGCCAUUAUCUUGUUAGAAUAGAGGUGUAGCAAAUUCAUGAGGUGUUCGUUGGCAAGUCCUUCAUCGGCAGAUGUGUUGCAUAUGAUAUUUUUGUUUCAAAUAAUAUCAUAAAUAACACAGCAGUUUUUUUCAGUACAGAGAGACCACUAUUAAAUUAUGUCAAUUAUUUUACAUACUGGUAUACCUAAAUAAAUAUGUCUGGAAUUUAUAAAUAUAUCCACACAAUUCACAUAUAUAUAUAUAUAUAUAUAUAUAUAUAUAUAUAUAUAUAUAUAUAUAUAUAUAUAAAAAAAGCUGAAUCAAUAGGUUGCACUCACGGAUUCUUAAAACAUAGCUUUUAUUGUAUACUCCUAAAAAAUCGACGUUUCAGUCCUGUUCAAGGACUUUCAUCAGGAUUAUAAAGACAUAACAUAACAAUUCAGCCAUAUAUAGGAUGCAGUAAAUUACAAUAACUCACCACAGAUGUCAUGAAAAAAACGGCGUCCCAGCCGGGAAUGUGCGCAUGUGCAGAAUAGUCCCUCCCCUCGGCGUGACACGCAACGCCGCCGUUACCAUAGUAACGCGGCUAACAUAUACUAUACUGAAACCGGCAUCUAAGCCGGAAGUAUGCCGUGAUGCGGAGAAGUUCCGCCCCCCAAUGUGACGUCACAUAUACGCCGCCGUCGUUACCAUAGUGACGCGGCUGUGAAUAAAAAAUACAACAAACCUAUAUGGAAACAAACUUAUCAAAGUAAUGACCUAGAUGUGAACACCAAGGCUUUUAUAGAAUGUACCAAAUUUGGUAAAGACAAGUGUGAAUGUGAUCUAUAUAUAUUAAUAGAGUGCUAAUGGGUCAUUUAAAGUGCAAUCAGAAUAAUCUCUUAAAGUGCCAAGUACGUGCAAAAUAUUUAAAGUGCCACAGUGCUAAUGUAAACAUAUUGUGACCCAAUACAGUUUGUAUGAAUAUUUACAUUUAAAUAACCCCAAUGAUUAGAGAUUAAUAUUAAUCAAUCAAAAAAAGUAUAUACAUAUAGUUAUAUAAGGCUUUUUUACACAACUUUCGAUCUUUUACUUUCUGCUCCUCUGUCACAUAGCAAAUAUAUAUAUAUUAUUAUUUUACUGAACAAUUGUUGCAACAGCACUAUUGUAUUCUGCGUCAAAAAUUAUUGAACACAUUUUAAAACAAUAACUCUUAAUGCUUGCAAAAUAUACGUGGUCAAUUGUGUAAUAAUGGGACGGUCGCAGAAUAAUCGUGAAAAUUGCAUAUAGAAAAACCUAAAAUACACACAAAUAUAAAAUCACAUAUUAAAAGACCAUUGAGGGGCAUUCAGGCCAAAAAUGAAUGUAACAACAAGGAUUCAUUUAGUCCUUUUGGAGACACAGUGUCCAACUCAUGGAUCCAAUAAGCUUCUCUAUUGAGUAGCAUCCUCCCCCUAUCCCCCCCUCUUCUAGGGUUAGGGAUGUGGUCAAUGGCCACAAAUUUCAAUGUAGCCAAUGGGUGCUUCAAUUCAAGGAAGUGUUUUGCAACCGGUUUAUCUGUAGAACCGUCACGAUAUGCCAGUCUUAUAGAGGAUCUGUGUCCCCUAAUUCGUUCGCAGAUGGCCGUCUCUGUUUUCCCAAUGUAAUAUAAGCCACACGGACAAGACAAUUUGUAUAUUACAUGUGUCGUCUUGCAAGUGAUGGUAUAUCGAAUAGUGUAUUUUCUAUUAUUAUGUGGAUGAAAAAAAGUUCUUGCAGGCAUCAUGUGGCUACAGGUCACACAGCCAAGACAGCGAACCGAUCCUCUUAUUUGUUCCUUCGCUGUAUUUGAAUAGCUUUGAGAGGGAUCCGUACAUACUAGCAUGUCCUUUAGGUUUCUGUUUCUCUUGUAACAGAUUAACGGUUUCUCUUUGAACACUUUCGGGAGCGUGUCAUCACUCGACACUAUCCUCCAAUUCUUCCUAAUGACCGAUGCCACUUGAGGGGUAAACUGAUUAUAUACCAUAGGGAAGACAAAAUUAAGAGGUUUCUUCUUUGUUUCGGUAGCGCGUGCAUUCAAUGCUUCUUGUAGCGCUGUUUCCAACAUACAUUCAUCAUAACCUCUUUGAAGAAAUUUGUUUUUCAUUUCAGAAAUCUGAACUUCCCUAAUUGCUACUUCCGAAUUGUUCCUGAUUACUCUUAGGAAUUGUGCCUUUGGUAGUGAGUUCUUCAAAGCCCUGGGAUGUGCACUCUGAUAAUGGAGGAGUGUAUUCCUAUCUGUGGGUUUUGUAUAAAGGGAAUAUUGAAAAUGUGUUGCUCCCAAUUAAAUUUCCAAAUCCAAAUAAUGCACCUUCUCUGUGCUAAUAUCCGCCGUGAAUCUUACUGGUGUUGGUAAAAGAUUGAGGUCUUGAACCAUUUAAUAUAUAUAGAUCACAUUCACACUUGUCUUUACCAAAUUUGGUACAUUCUAUAAAAGCCUUGGUGUUCACAUCUAGGUCAUUACUUUGAUAAGUUUGUUUCCAUAUAGGUUUGUUGUAUUUUUUAUUCACAGCCGCGUCACUAUGGUAACGACGGCGGCGUAUAUGUGACGUCACAUUGGGGGGCGGAACUUCUCCGCAUCACGGCAUACUUCCGGCUUAGAUGCCGGUUUCAGUAUAGUAUAUGUUAGCUGCGUUACUAUGGUAACGGCGGCGUUGCGUGUCACGCCGAGGGGAGGGACUAUUCUGCACAUGCGCACAUUCCCGGCUGGGACGCCGGUUUUUUCAUGACAUCUGUGGUGAGUUAUUGUAAUUUACUGCAUCCUAUAUAUGGCUGAAUUGUUAUGUUAUGUCUUUAUAAUCCUGGACUGAAACGUCGAUUUUUUAGGAGUAUACAAUAAAAGCUAUGUUUUAAGAAUCCGUGAGUGCAACCUAUUGAUUCAGCUUUUUGGAUAUUUGGAGCCCUGGGAGUGCACCCGGUUUGGACACAUGGAGUUUGAGUGCAAGGUAUAGUGCUUUUUUCUUUAUAUAUAUAUAUAUAUAUAUAUAUAUAUAUCCACACAUAUACGCUUCUGCUUUCAUGCACACAUACACUUCACACAACCCUGCAUUCAAGUACACUAAUUCUAUAAGCAAAUACACUUUCUUACUUACACACACUAACAAAUCACUUAAAUUCACCUCUACAUUUGCACACCUGCGCACACACAUAUCUGACCACCACACUGACCAUCCACCAAUAUGCAUGUCUGUAUUAACAUGCACAAGCAUACAAGCAUACACCCCUGCAUACACAAAAAUAAACAUACAUUUUCAUAGAUAUAUACAUUCACAUUUUGUUGUGGAUAGUAAUUUUUAUGAACUUUUUUAGAACACUGUAAAUAAAUAUUCAAUUAAUUCCAUUAUCCCUCAUUUCAUACUGUAGAAAAUGAAUGAGGUAUUUACUAAACAGCAAAUUGUGCUCAAAUGGACACUCAGCAAUAAAAAUUAUAUUUUUUAAAUGUAAUUUAUUUAUGUGCUGAUUUACCUGCAACUUAUAUUUGAUAUAAAAAAGUGUCAUCCAGACAACAAUAUUCAGCGGGUUUGUUAUGACAUGACAAAUUUCAUUUCUCCAUCCAUUGCCAUCUGUGUCUACUUUCUGGUGCCUAUGCGAGGGAGGUAUUCUGUUCCUAUGCACCCCAUGCUUCUAGAGGAACUAUCUUAAUAUGAACAGAUUUAAGAUCUCAUAUGACCUAGACAUGCCAAACUCUAUUUUUUUUUGGGGGUCAUAUAGGUACAGGAUCCUCUAAGUAAGCUUGCAACAUGGUUAAUCCUCCUUUGCUCUCACUGCAGGGCCUGAGGAUUCUCCUAGAUUGGUGCAAUCUGCUCUACAUGACCUCAGAGAGGGAGUUUCUCAUGGAAUCCAAGGAUUCCUUAAGAAGCCUUCUUGUGUGGUCAAGUACUGUAGAAUAUGUUCAUAAAUGGUGUUCUACAGUAUAUGGCAGUAGUUAUCUGCUGCUAGCUGGCUACUGGAACCUAGUUACAACUCCCUCUACUCCCUCACCGCUUGCUUUGCCUUUAUUAUAACAUAAGUUGGAUCUUUUGUAAAAAAAAUCUGUGCUCCUUUCUCUAUGUAGCUGUAUAGUUUGUGUCCUAAAUUUUCAGCAUGUGGCAAAGGAUGUGGUGCACUUUGAAAGUGAGGGUUAUAUAUUCAAAAGAUUUGCUGAGAGAAGAGGAAACAGAAAAAUAGAGAAGUAAUUACUGGAGAAGGUGGAAUGACUCAUUUUUGCACAGGAUCUUUGAAAAGCCUUUUACAGUAUCAGACUGGUGUACACCCUGGUUAUAUAUUUUUUAAGAUUUUAACCUAAUUUACAAAAAAGGGGGCAAUUACACAUUAUAUUAUGCAACCUGUUUAAUAAACAUUUUCACAAAAACAAACAUAUUAUAGAUGGACCCAAAAAGAAAGGAAGAGGAAGGAGCUUUGGUCUCUGAAAGGGUAAAUUUCCAAUUAGGGCAUAACCAUGUAUAGUAUUAACAAUGAAAGAAAUGAGAAACUAUGGUUCAUAUCUACAUAGAGACAGGAACCAAAGUAAGGAAAUACCCUUUGGAGAAAAUUGAAAUACUAACCAGACAGAGGAAAUGGUUUUUAAAGUGAAUAUUAAAUUGUCUUGAUGUAGCAUUAUUUCAGUUCCUGCUCCAAAUGUUCCCAUGCAUUUUACCCCAUAUAGGAUUAAAAAUAAAUAACAUGCUCUUGACUAUCACACAACUAUAACUAUUCUAUUUUUAUUUUGUAGGGUCCGCUGAGUGCUAUGGUGAGUGUUGGCUGUUUUUUUUAAAUUAGAAUAACAAUGUUGAUGAGAUGUUAAACAAUGAGGGUUAAACAAUGCUGUCAAAUUAUACUGUGUUCACUAAUGCCAGUUAUGUUAAUUUUUAAAUACAUUUGAUCUCUGCAGUUAUACCAUCUGACUCCGACCUUGUGGUGUGUAGUGACAAUUCAUGUGUUGGACGGUGUUACUCUAACAUUGGAUGUUUCUGCAGCGAUCAAACACAAAAAUGUCUUCCUACUAACUCUGAAUGCACACCGCCUGACAACCUAUGUUGCCCUGAGGGAAACUUCUGGAGCUCUGUUGACAACUGUUGCACAAGUAAGAACUGCAGAAACAAGUGUGGAAGCAGAGGCCAAAAAGUAGAAUCUUUUAACUUUUCAUCUUUUACCUCUUCUUUUACAGCUACUGCAUUUUGCUAUCCCUCCUGCCAGGCUUCUGAAAUUUGUGAAAAUGUCAACAAUGUAUCAACUUGUAACUGCAACACAACCAUGUAUGCGGGACUUAGUAAGUUUCUGAGCAGUAAUUAAAAAAAAUACUCUUGUCUCUUGCUCUAUGCAUAUAUUCUAUUCAAUUUUCAAAGACGUUAUAUAACUAUAAUAAUAUCACAAACCUCUUACUGCCUAGAAAUUCACGUUAUACAUGUUAAAAAAGAGUAUUAAACAAGGAAAGACAGUUUAAUAGAAUAAUUUAAAUCCAAUUCAAAUUAGGAACAAAAUUUAGGAUCUAGGUAGGCCUUCUGAUCUUAGCUAGUAAUAAUUUGACUAAAAUAUGAAUGCAUCUCUAAAAUCUUUAGUACAACACUGACAGAGAAUGCAUUGAAUUACUAAAGUGAGAAAUCAAAGUGAAUUUCAAAUUUAAAACCAGAUUAGCUGAACUGAAAACAUAGCUGACUAAGAUAAUUUUUCCAGUUAGGCUAGUUUGACCUUAAAUUUGAAAUUCACUUUGAAUUCACUUUGAAUUCUCACUUUAAUAAAUAACCCUGUCAGUCUUCAAACACAGUUCAAUUAGCAACAUAUAUCAUCACUAUAUAUCAAUCACUUGCUUGUUGCAACUAUUUAACAAUAGUGAUGUCGCGAACCGUUCGUGGCGAACUCCGGUCAGCUGACACAUCCCUGCCAAUCUCCAGCAGACCCUCCCUCCCAUACCCUCCCACCUCCUGGACAGCAUCCAUGUUGAAGCUGCCUUCAACAUGGAUGCUAUCCAAGAAGUAGGAUGGUCUGGGAGGGAGGGUCUGCCGGAGAUUGGCAGGGAUGUGUCAGCUGACCGGAGUUCGUGGCGAACCGUUCGCGGCAAGUUCACGAACGGUUCGCGACAUCACUAUUUAACAACAAGUUGAUAAUGCUAAUUAGUAAAAGACUUGUUUCAAACAGUUCGUAAUUUGUCCAAAUUUUGAUCAGUUGGCUAAUGCCAUAGUUCCGAAUCAUUGUAUGUAUGAAUCAUAAAUGAAGGCAUGUAAGAAGUCUGGAAACACUAAGGGCAAUGUGCUGACAUGAUUGCUGGUGAAGUGUUCCUUUCACAGUGUCCUGGUGGAUUUACAAUGGUACCUUUUGCACCAUUUUCUUGAUGUUAGUCCAUUAGCAAAAUCAUAAAUGCAAAGAGGUUAUGUGUAUCAGGGGAGUUGGGUAGGGAUAGGAAUAGGAAUAAUGAUAUUACUUUACUAACGGAACCUUGGAAAAAAACAUUAAAAAAUUGUUUAACAAUGAGGAAUAGCAUGAGGGGAAUACAGUCACUAUAAACACUUUAAUAAGAUGAAUUGAUUACUGGGAAUAGAGUAUUUUCAAAGGGUACCUGCUUCACCGUCACAUAAUCUCAUUGCAAAGGUGCAUGUUAUACCACCUUUUGUCCACCCUCACUUCUCUCGCGGUCUACCCUGAUUUGUCCUGCUUAGGGAACCAUUCCCCAAGCAGGGCAAACCUCCUCCUUGGCAAAUCCCCUAGAAGCUCCAACUAGGGAGAAACAUAGAAUGUGACGGCAGAUGAGAACCAUUCGGCCCAUCUAGUCUGCCCAAUUUUCUAAAUACUUUCAUUAGUCCCUAGUCUUAUCUUAUAGUUAGGAUAGCCUUAUGCCUAUCCCACGCAUGCUUAAACUCCUUUACUGUGUUAACCUCUACUACUUCAGCUGGAAGGCUAUUCCAUGCAUCCACUACCCUCUCAGUAAAGUAAUACUUCCUGAUAUUAUUUUUAAACCUUUGUCCCUCUAAUUUAAGACUAUGUCCUCUUGAUGUGGUAGUUUUUCUUCUUUUAAAUAUAAUCUCCUCCUUUACUGUGUUGAUUCCCUUUUAUAUAUUUAAAUGUUUCUAUCAUAUCCCCCCUGUCUCGUCUUUCCUCCAAGCUAUACAUGUUAAGAUCCUUUAACCUUUCCUGGUAAGUUUUAUCCCGCAAUCCAUGAACCAGUUUAGUAGCCCUUCUCUGAACCCUCUCUAAGGUAUCAAUAUCCUUCUGAAGAUACGGUCUCCAGUACUGUGUACAAUACUCCAAGUGAGGUCUCACCAGUGUUCUGUACAAUGGCAUGAGCACUUCCCUCUUUCUACUGCUAAUACCUCUCCCUAUACAACCAAGCAUUCUGCUAGCAUUUCCUGCUGCUCUAUUACAUUGUCUGCCUACCUUUAAGUCAUCAGAAAUAAUCACCCCUAAAUCCCUUUCCUCAUAUGUUGAGGUUAGGACUCUAUCAAAUAUUCUGUACUCUGCCCUUGGGUUUUUACGUCCAAGAUGCAUUAUCUUGCACUUAUCCACAUUAAAUGUCAGUUGCCACAAUUCUGACCAUUUUUCUAGAUCAUUACCUAAAUCAUUUGUCAUUUGGCUUAUCCCUCCUGGAACAUCAACCCUUUUACAUAUCUUAGUAUCAUCAGCAAAAAGACAUACCUUACCAUCAAGACCUUCUGCAAUAUCACUAAUAAAAAUAUUAAAGAGAAUGGGUCCAAGUACAGAUCCCUGAGGUACCCCACUGGUGACAAGUCCAAGCUUCGAAUAUAUUCCAUUAACUACAACCCUCUGUUGCCUGUCACUCAGCCACUGCCUUACCCAUUCAACAAUAUUUGAAUACAAACUUAAAGAUUGCAGUUUAUUGAUAAGCCUAUGUGCAACAGUGUCAAAAGCCUUACUGAAAUCUAGGUAAGCAAUGUCUACUGCACCACCCUGAUCUACAAUUUUAGUUACCCAAUCAAAAAAAUCAAUAAGAUUAGUUUGGCAUGAUCUCCCUGAAGUAAACCCAUGUUGUCUCUGAUCUUGAAAUCCAUGUGUUUUUAGAUGUUCAUCAAUCCUAUCCUUUAACAUGGUUUCCAUCACUUUCCCCACUACUGAAGUAAGGCUUACUGGCCUAUAGUUGCCCGACUCCUCCCUAUUACUUUUCUUGUAAAUGGGCACAACAUUCGCUAACUUCCAAUCUUCUGGGACUACUCCUGUUAACAAUGAUUGGUUAAAUAAAUCUGUUAAUGGUUUUGCUAGUACACCACUAAGCUCUUUUAAUAGCUUUGGGUGUAUUCCAUCAGGUCCCAUUGACUUAUUUGUCUUUACUUUUGACAGUUGAAAUAGAACCUCUUCCUCUGUAAACUCACGUGUAAUAAAUGACUCAUUUAUCCUUUUUCUCAACUGAGGUCCCUUUCCUUCAUUUUCAUCUGUAAAUACAGAACAAAAAUAUUCAUUGAGGCAGUCAGCUAGACCUUUAUCCUCUUCUACAUACCUUCCUUCUUUUGUUUUUAAUCUAACUAAUCCUUGUUUUACUUUUCUUUUCUCAUUUAUGUAUCUAAAAAAUGUUUUAUCCCCCUUUUUUACUGACUGUGCUAUUUUCUCUUCUGUGUGUGAUUUGGAAGCUCUUAUAACUUGCUUAGCCUCUUUCUGCCUAAUCUUAUAGAUCAUUUUGUCUUCCUCACUCUGGGUUUUUUUAUAAUUCCUAAAUGCUAACUUUUUGUUUUUAACUAUUUUGGCCACAUCUGCGGAGUACCACAGUGGUUUCUUGAAUUUUUUGCUUUUACUGACAAGCCUAAUGCAAUUUUCUGUUGCCUUCAAUAGUGCAACUUUUAAAUAAUCCCAUUUCUCUUGGACUCCAUUUAAAUUGCUCCAGUCUGAUAAUGACUCCUCUACCCAUAUUCUAAUUUUAGAAAAGUCUGUUUUUCUAAAGUCUAAAACUUUUGUUUUUGUGUGGUGUGACUCAGUCACUGUUCUUAUAUUAAACCACACUGACUGAUGAUCACUGGAUCCUAAACUUUCACCUACAGUAAUAUCUGAUACCAAAUCUCCAUUUGUUAACACUAAAUCUAGUAUGGCCUCUUUACAAGUAGGCUCCUCAACAACUUGUUUUAGAGACAAUCCCAGUAGGGAGUUUAGAAUAUGUGUGCUCCUGGCGGGCAGGGGUUCCUGUUGCCAAUUUAGAAACAUACAAUAUGACAGCAGAUAAGAACCAUUCGGCCCAUCUAGACUGCCCAAUUUUCUAAAUUCUUUCAUUAGUCCCUGGCCUUAUAUAUAAUAAAAAAUAUUCAAGAGGAUGGGUCCAAGAGCAGAUCACUGAGGUACCCCACUGGUAACUAGACCUUGCUUCAAAUAUACUCUUAUAUAAACUUAUGGAGUAAUUUAUCUUGCCUGCCCCUUCUAUGGGAACAUAAUUACCCCCUUGUGAGCGCUCAACGUUGGGACACGGCACUGCGUUUAAAUCCCCACCUUAUACAAGCAUGCCAUGAGGUAGCGCCCCUAUCUUAGUUACUAAUGCAUCCCAGUAUCUGGCUGCUGGUUCAUUAGGGGUGUAUCUAUCUAUCAAGUGUACUGUGUGGGAGUAGAGGGACCCAUCAGGAAAAUGUACCUUCAUUAUGGAUCUACGUCUGAUCCCGUUAUUCUGAUUUGGCAUCUCUUAUGAAUAAGGAUUGCCACUCCGUUACAUUUAUGAUGGGAUCUUCCUUCAUAAAAUGUGCAAUAGGUGUGAUCUUUCAAUAGAAGUUUGGUGUGCAUAGGAAUGCUAUGUCUGAACCCGAUCUUUUUACCGUGCAGAACUUAAGAUGAUGCUUUUUAGGUGCAUUCAAGCCUUUCACAUUUAAGGAAGUAAUUUUCAAAGCCAUAACCUAAAGAUUUGUGGACAACUAUAGAAUCCAAACAUUAAUACCCAGUCAGUGACUACAAGACAACACCAGUAAGUACAACCUACCAUCCAUAACCUCCGAACGGUAGGUCCUCUGGCCUGGACGUUAUGGAUGGUAGGUUGAGCGGGUCCUGCAGACCCAAACUGUGAAAAAGGGAGGUUGGAUCUCCUCCAGAUUGUAGGAAAUGCGCUUGGCCAUCCUUGAAAGCCAGCAGCUUGAAAGGGUAUCCCCACGUGUACCGGACAUUCGCCCACCAUAGGUCAUCUGUAAUUGGCUUCCACUCGCAUCAUCUCUGCAAGAUUAUCAGUGCUAGAUCUUGGAAUAGAAAGAGGUCAAGGCUUUGAUAUAUUAUGGGGCAUUCCCUGUUUUUUCUCAUUAAGGCCUUUUUGGUUUGGAAAUAUAAAAAGCGAAUUAAGAUGUGCCUUGGUGUAUUCAGGUCAUUCCUCUGAAUACGGAGGGCCCUGUGGGCUCGCUAAAUAUGCUAUUCCAGGAGGAUAGGAAGCAAAGGCUUGAAGAUUGUAAUGGAUCACCUGGCAUCCCGACUGGGUGCAUCCGUUGAAGGAUGCUCCUAGCGCUUACAGAGGGCUCCAAGAGAUCCGCAGACACCACAACCACCACAGAUCCCACAAACCGCCGCAGCUUGGUUGGGGUCUCGCCGUCUCCUACCCACCCUGGACCUACGACAAGGCUUCAAGUUCCAGUGGGUGAACCUCUCUUCCAAUAGAGUGAAGCAGGAGCAAGCUCUUAAAAGAGCUUAGAAGUGAUUAUCCAAGGGAGCAUGCAGAGCAUAGCAAUCCCUUGUAGUGAUAUAGCAAUUCCCCCAAUAAGAGACAGGACUCUAGAUUGAGGGUGAAGAAGAACUCUGGUUUAAUGACACACACUCUGCUUGUAUGCAAUUCUCUUAUGCAAAUCUCUCAUGCAAGAGAGACACCCACAGACAAUUAUACAAUACCCAAUCACACAAUGGUUACAUAUCACACAUCUCCUCCCCUUAGCCUGAGAGGUAACCCAAUUAUCCGUACAUUUUAAAACUUACUUUUUACCCAACUUUCAUAACUCUAAAACCAUACAUCCAAUAUCAAUAAAAGUCACAUAUUAUUAAUCAGCAUAUUCCAAAUACAAACAUAACCAAAAAUCAUUCGAAUCCGUUCAGCCAUUCGGGAGAUACAUAUAAGUCACUUUUGACCGACCGCAAGCACAUUUUCAUGCCCAAAACAGUUCCAUGGAUUUGGGCUGUGCGGUCCAACCUUCAAACGGGACUUAGUCUCCAGCCGAAGUGUUGAAGUAGAGUGGAACGUAUGGGUCAGGAACAGCAAUAUAAAUCUCAAGUAUGCUCACAUCAGUUCCUAGAAGGGCAAUACAUCCCAGGGCCAUAGUCUCAGGGCAGGAGGCUGGCAAACAGGCCCCUCCAAAAACCAGUGGCGAGGUUACUUUCGCCAUGAGGAUUUACAUCACUACAUCAGAAGGUCUUCCCCUGCCUUCCCAGGUAUGCCUCACAGGUAUAAUUAAUUGUGUCCUGCUCUAUUAAUCAUGUCUGCUUUCGCCAUUUCUGUGGUAAACAUUCUAGUAGUGAGGAGGUUCACUUUGGAAACUGCAGUAUUAUACAUGACCAUUGUGGCGUUAGGUUGUUGUUCUAGCCUGAUAGUCCUCACUCCAAGCGACUGGAUCUCUCCUUGUAGCCCAUGUGUGGAGUGUUCUAUUUCUCCAGCAAGGUAAGUUUUUACUUUUGCUAGUGUGGUGAGAAUCUGGGCAGUAUCCGCCACUGUCUUCUCUCCCUCAAUCAGGAGUAUAGCACGUGUCGGGGGGGCCGAAAGACUAGGUCUGCCACCAUCUUGUGAGCAUAUUGGCAUUGCUUGAGAGGCCACAAACAGUCUACAGUCUUUGCCGACUCUGGACUCUUCUUAGAGUGCUUCUUGGAGGGUCUCUUAUCCAUUUUUCCAAAUAUUUGGCACUCAAGCAUGGUAUUACUGCUGUUGAUAGCUUUUUGCCAUGCAAGUUUUAUUUUUUUUAAGAUUUUUUAUUUGUAUUUUGUAUUGUUAUAACAGGAUAGUACAUAGGUACAAAAUAAGGAGUGAGUUCAACAGGUAAUUGCAAACUUAUGUUAGAGCAUGGUAUCGACAUUCAGUUGUAAUUGUGGGAGAGAGUCUGGUGGUAUGAUGGCAGAAUAGGGUUGGUGCAUUGUCUGUUGAACAAGGCUCUGUUAGUGGGCGGGUAGCCCCAGUAUUUGAUUCCCUGCUGGUUUUGAAUGUUUGCCCACUGAAAAAUAAAUGAUCAGUCUAUAAUUUUAAUGGUAGGUGUAUUUUAACAGUGAGAGACAGAAUAACAAAAAAAUUCAGAAAAAUGCUUGCCAAAAAAGUUAUAAAUUGAUUUGAGUGAAAUAAGUAUUUGAUCUCUUCGACUUUAGUACUUGGUUGCAAGACCCCUGUUGGCAAUCACAGAGGUCAGACAUUUCUUGUAGUUCGCCAUCAGGUUUUCACAUAUCUCAGGAGGGAUUCUGUCCCACUCCUCUUUGCAGAUCCUCUCCGAGUCAUUAAGGUUUCAAGGCUGAUUUUUGGCAACUCGAACUUUCAGCUCUCUCCACAGAUUUUCUAUGGGAUUAAGGUCUGGAGACUGGCUAGGCCAUGUCAAUGUGCUUCUUCUUGAGUCACUCCUUUGCUCCCCUGGCUGUGUGUUUUGGUUCAUUGUCAUGCUGGAAUACCCAUCCACGACCCAUUUGCAAUGCCCUGGCUGUAGGAAAAAGGUUCUCACCCAAGAUUUGACAGUACAUGGCCCGUCCAUCAUCCCUUUGAUGUAGUGCAGUUGUCCUUUCCCUUUAGCAGAAAAACACCACCAAAGCAUAAUGUUUCUACCUCCAUGUUUGACAGUGGGUAUUGUGUUCUUGGGGGUCAUAGGCAGCAUUCCUCCUUCUCCAUACACGGCGAGUUGAGUUGAUGCCAAAGAGCUCAAUUUUUGUCUCAUCUGACCACAACCCAGUUCACCUCUGAAUCAUUCAGAUGUUAACUGGCAAACCUCAGAUGGGCCUGUACAUGUGCUUUCUUGAGCAGGGGGACCUUGUGGGUGCUGCAGAAUUUCAGGCCUUUACGGCGUAGUAUAUUACCAAUUGUUUUCUUGGUGACUAUGGUCCCAGCUGCCUUGAGAUCAUUAACACAAUCCUCCCGUGUAGUUCUGAGCUGAUUCCUCACCGUUCUCAUUAUCAUAGAAACUCCACAAGGUGAGAUCUUGCAUGGAGCACCAGACCGAGGGAGACUGUCAGUUCUUUUGGGUUUCUUCCAUUUGCGAAUAAUCGCACCAACUGUUGUCACCUUCUCACCAAGCUGCUUGGCGAUGGUCUUGUAGCCCAUUCCAGCCUUGUGUAGGUCUACAAUCUUGUCCCUGACAUCCUUAGACAGCUCUCUGGUCUUGGUCAUGGGGGAGAGUUUGAAAUCUGAUUGAUUGAUUGCUUCUAAGGACAGGUGCCUUUUUUCAAAAUCAGCAGGGGAUCAAAUACUUUUUCCCCUCACUGUAGGUGCUGUAUGGGUGUAUGUGUUGUUUGCAGUGCAAUUUGAGUGGUGCUUCACCCAGACACGUCCUCGGUCAGGUGACACCCCCCUUACAAUAGAUAAAUAUUUACUUAGCAGUCAAAUAAGCAAACUAUAGUUGUAGGUGUGUCAGCUAUGAUAGAGACACCAAUCUGAGUGUUAUCAGAAUACUUAUGGUAAUACAAUUCAUGCCUCCAGAUGUUCCAAGACUGAAUAGAGGGUGAACCACUACAAACUUCGAGUUACCCCAAAAGGAGACUCAUUGCAAUGUAAGGUGUCCUACCCUAGCCUGGUGUACUAGUUGUUACAGAAAUACAUUUAUCAGUGGUGAAAAAGCACCUAAGAGCAACAUGAGAGAUAAAGCUGUGUUUGUCUGUGAAAAACUGCUGAUUAUCCACAACACAUACUGAAACAGAUUCUCAUGAGCCUGUGUUAAAAAUGUGACAAAAAACGGAUAAUCUUAGUUAGUUUUGAAGUUGUAAAGAUACAAUUUUUUUUACAACCUUCCACAAAACUUGGCUGUAGCAUGGCAAUAGUCCUGGUAGAAACUGUAGCAUUUGUUUUAAAGCAGAACAAACUCUUAUGCUGUUUAGUGGACCUCGGAGAUAUGGCAUCGAAUACAUGGCACAUCAUUUUGCCACACCAUCAUUUUUACAAACCAUUAUAGAUUCUAGUAAACAAGCCCAAUCUGACUGGCCCAAACUUCUUCAGGCAUAGUGAGACCAUUCAGUUUGUCAUGGAAAAUUUAUCAUCAGACAAACAAGUUCAUAACAUGACAACAGGCUCUUUUAUUACUCACUAAAAUAUAUUUUAAAACUUUUUUUUAGUUGUGUACAUAUACUACACAUACAUCUUGACAUAUAACAUAACAAGACAAUGACAAGCAACGUUACCUAGUUUAAGUCGAGAAUAAAUAAAAUAACUGUCAAAUCCUAAAAUGAAAACAUUUCUGUUUUUUAUUUUUUUAUUUUUUAUUUAUUUACAGAUAUUUCUGCUUUGGUUCCUUCGGUACAGUGUGACUCUGAUAUAAUUGAAGUGUCUAUCAACAAGUGUCUCGUGACAUCUCUUGGAUUUGAUUCCACAAGCUUAACUUUGAAUGAUGCCUCAGAAAACUGCUCAUAUUUAUAUCAAACUACAACAGACAAUGUAACAGUAGUGACCUUGCAAUCUAGACCAGUGACAGGGUGGUGUGGGACUGUGAUGAAAGUAAGAAAUAUCUUCCCAGCCUUUGAAAAAUAAAUAUAUCCCUUGUGUGCAUUUUAUAUUCAUUACAUUGACAGUGGCUGUACAGUGCUAGGAUCUAUAUUAUCUUGUUAUUAUUCCAUAAGUGCCUUUUCUUUGUUUUCCAGACUGACAGCUCCAAGGUGUAUUACACAAAUACUCUUCACAUUGGCAUUCUGAAUAAACCCAUCAUCACAACAAAUCCUGUCAACAUCUCUUUCACCUGCUCUUACAAUCUGACUAUGCAAACAAGUUUAGCUACUGCGCUCCAUCCUGUGCUUAGGUGAGAAUGGGCAGUUUUGCUAGAGGCCAUACUUUUAAUAAUUUUAGCAUUGGGGAUUUUUCAAGUUGGUACAAAUAUCUCAAAUGCACAUUCCAUUGGUGAUUACUUUACAUUUAACAAUUCAGCACAAAUGCUUUGAUAAAGUGUUUUAUUUGGUAAAUAAACCACACAAAUGGAGUCAAAGGAAAAUAGAAAUUGAUUACUUAUGCUUAAUUCUAGAUAAAUGUAAUAUGCUUAUGUUUUCACUUAAUUGAAAUUAAUUUUAUUCAGAAAACCAAUAUAUAUGUUUCUAGUUACUUUGUAGUGUUGUAGUGUUGUAUAGUUUAGUUUUAUAUAUAUAAAAUGAAAGGUUUGUUUAUGACUUUCUUAUUUUUUUUUUUUUUGCUCUUUUUAUUGUUUUUAUCACAAAUAAAUUUAAAUACAAAAAAGCAACAUGUACAUUUAUAUACAUUUGGCUUGUUUCAUACCGAUAUCUUUUUACUUAACUGAAUCGCCGAGCGUCAAUAUAAUAUCAAACUUUAACAUAUUGAUCAUUAAAUACAUUUAAAAGGAAAAACAUUUCCGAACAGGAGCGUCUUUAAUUCUGUAUUUAUCUUGAUUAUAAUACUUCAUUUUAAUAUUCAUAUUAUUGUUAUUUAUUGCACAGGAAUAAAUUAGUAUGUUUUAUUUAAUUCUCUCAUUUCAUUUUUUCAAACCACGUUUCAAAAAAUGUUUGCUUCUCAGUUAAAUAUAUAAUAUUUAUGGACAAAUCUUUUUCCAUACGUAUUUGAUAUUUUAAUUGAUUAAAAAAUAGAUUUUUUUUUAAACGGAUUGCUGGAUUUCCAAUUUAUGUCUAUCAAUAUUGUUGAGGCCAUAAGACAAUAUAUCGCUAGGCAUUUUAGAUAUUUUGUUGUUAUGUUCCAUUUAGUAUGUAAUAAUGCCAUCGCAGGUCCCCAUAUUAGAUCUCUACUUGAUAAGCUUUUAAAGUUAUAGGCCUGUAACGGAACUCCCCGUACUCCGACCGAGUACCUUCCAUUGAUGGAUGCUUCCUAGCUUGUGCCGAGGACCACAACCACCGUGGACUCCACAACUGCCAUAGCUUAACUGGAGUCUCGCCGUCUUCCUUCCACCCUGGAUCAGCCUCUGUCCUCCAGGACUGUGUGGGAAAGACCAGGAGAGGAUAUCAGGAACAGCUCUUACAAGAGUGAUUAAAGCUCAGGGGAGUAUGCAGAGCAUAGCAAUCCCCAGUGUAAAUAUAGCUGUCCCCUCCAAUCACGAGACAAGACUACGUGUUGAGGGUCAAGAAGAUCUCUUUUAAUCAGCACCAAAGGGCUUUCUUUUAUGCAGGUUUUACACAUAAAGUACCACACACAGGGUUUUGUGAAACAGCCAAUCAAGCGCAUAAUAUACAGUAAAACACUCACAUUCAUUCCAGCAAAAUCCUCCCCUCUGCCUGGAAAAAUACAGUUUUUAUACAAUUCCUAUAACUUUAAAAGGGAUGAAUUAAUUUAGGUUUUAGCCUGGAGUUUUGUUUGUAUCUAACUUUUCUAUUUCUUUCUCCACUUCAUUUGGAGUGAUGUGAGUAUUUAGCAUUUGAGAUCUAUCUUUUUGGGCAUUUUGGUCUUUGUUAGGUAUUUGUAUAUGUAUUUUGCUUUCUUUUGAAUUUAUCCUGAGAUGAUAUAAUUUGCUGUAAAAUUCAUUACAUUUUCUACCUAUUUCUUGUUCUUUAUUUUUGUAAUUUAUUUUGUUACAUUUUUACUUGCUCUAUUUAUUAUUAUUAUUAUUAUUAUUAUCGCCAUUUAUAUAGCGCCAACAUAUUCCAUAGCGCUUUACAAUAUUAUGAGAGGGGGGAUUUAACUAUAAAUAGGACAAUUACAAGAAAACCUACAGGAAGAAUAGGUUGAAGAGGACCCUGCUCAAACGAGCUUACAGUCUAUAUUAUAUGUAUAUUUCCACAGUAGUAAUUAUUUAGAUUCAAUUUAUUUAUAAUUAUUUAAUUUUUUUCUUCUGUUUUUAAAUUUAUUUUAUUUAGAAGUUUGAUAAUUUGUUUCUUUUUUUUAUUUGAUGUAUUUUGUUUAUUUAAAUUUGAAAGAUUAUUUAUAUAUAUAUGUGAUAGAUCUUUGCCUUUUUAAAAAAAUUUAUUUUAGCCAUUCUAGUUAGAACCCCCCUUGUGACAGCCUUGUCUGUACACCAGAUUGUAGAUUUUAAGAUAUCUGUGGAGGCAUUUUCUUCAUAAAAAAGUUUUGACAUUCUGAGAAGUUCUUCUUUAUUUUCAUCAAUUUUAAUUAGAGAAUCAUCUAAUCUCCAUGUAGUAGAACCUUGUAUUGGAGGUUUACCUAGUUCUAUCAUCACAAACCUGUGGUCUGACCAAGUAUUUUCUUUAAUUCUCCAUUUGUCAUACAAUCCAAAUCUUCUGCAUAUACUAUUUAAUUUUUUUGAUUGCUUUAUAACCCUUUUAUCGGUUUUGGUAUACGUUCGAGAGUUUUUAAUCUAUUUUAUGGUCUAAUACACAAUUGAAAUCUCCUGCUAUGAUUAACGAACCCUUAGAUACUUAUUGAAUUUUUCCCAUAAUCUUGAAGAAUGUUGACAUUGGAUUAAUAUUUGGUAAGUAUACAUUUAUCAAUGCAAAUAAUUUUUUUUCUAUCUUACAUACCACUAUCAAAUAUCUAGCUUCUGGGUCAGUGUCUUGAUAUAUUAGUUUUAUAUUUAGUUUACUUGAAAAAAAUAUUGCUACUCCUCUUUUUUUAUUAUUUUCUAAUGAUGCUUAAAGAAUUAUUGGGAAUUUGUUCACUCUCCUUUUCUGUAUAUCAGUUAGUUUCCAAUGGAUUUCUUGUAUAAAACCUACUUGAAUAUUUUCAGUAUUUAAAGAAUUAUAAAUCAUACACCUUUUUACUGGAGUAUUUAAACCCUGUGCAUUUACUGGCAUUAACAUAAGCAUAUUACAAGAUCAACCUUUUUAACCCCUUAAGGACCAAACUUCUAGAAUAAAAGGGAAUCAUGACAUGUCAAACAUGUCAUGUGUCCUUAAGGUGUUAAAUUGAUAUUUGAGCUCCUGGUCUGAUCACAAAAACCAACAUAACAACAUAUAACAAACAGUGAAGAUCUACUUUCUGAUCUCCAAUUACAUUUAACACAACCGUUUUUGGAACAUAGUUCCAUUUUUUUUCCUAUAGCAUAUGAAGUUUUUGGAAAACUGUGUAUUAUCCACACAAAGUGGGGUGAAAAUAUUUAGAGUGGAUUAAUUUGUCUAACUUACAAUAAAACCAAAGUAUAUUUGCUUGAUCCUUCUCCUAUUCUCUCGUUGUACUUUUAAUUGUAUAGGUCAUUUAAUAAUAUGAUUUGUUGCUUCCUUCUUCUUUCUUAUCUUUCUUUUAUUCUAUCUCUAACAUCCAACAUAACAACAUAUGACAAACAAUGAAGAUCUACUUUCUAAUCUCCAAUUACAUUUAACACAAAGCGUUUUUGGAACAUAGUUCAAUUUUUUUCCAAAGCAUAUGAAGCUAUUUGGAAAACUGUGUAGUAUUAUCCACACAAAGUGGGGUGAAAAUCUUUAGAGUGGAUUAAUUUGUCUAAUUUACAAUAAAAGCAAAGUAUAUUUGCUUGAUCCUUCUCCUAUUCUCUCUUUAUACUUUUAAUUGUAUAGGUUAUUUAAUAAUAUGAUUUAUGUUGCUUCCUGCUUCUUUCUUAUCUUUCUUUUAUUCUAUCUAUUUCUCUCUCUUUUUUUCUCUCUUUUAUGUAAAAGAAGAAGCGAGAAAGAAGAAAAAGGGGGGGGGGAUUAAAAAUUUAUGUGCAUAUAUAUCUUAUAAUUAUACUAAAAACUUUUAUUUACUUUUACAUCAUUUUUUCAUCUUUCUUUCUCUUUUUUCCCUUUUAUACUUGACAUGUAAUUUGUAUAUUUUAUUUUAGUGCAUAUAUUUUCUCAUCUGUUACAAACAUAUUUUAUCCAUUCAUUAUUUGUGUUUAUAUAAUUUCUAACAUAACCCUCUACUAUGGAGAGGUUUUCCAAUUUUUGUUAGUGUAACUCAAAAAUUAUUCUAGUAAUUUAAAAAUUGUGUUAUUCUUCAGCUUGUUCCUUUUUAUAACAUUUUCCCUUGCUUUGAGUAUUUACAUGAUUAAUAUUUAGUAAGUUUUAUCAAUUUAAAUUUUAUAUUGAUCUUUAGAUAGAUAGCUAUUUCUAAAACUGUACAGUCCGAUAUAUCUUUACCCUCUCUUUCUUCCUUUCUUCACCUAUUUCCCAUCACCAUCACCUUAUAUAUAAAAAUAAACAGUUAUUUUCCUUCUUUUCCCUUCUUUCUCUCUCUCUUCCCUGCUCCACUCCUUCCUCUAUCUUUCACAUUUGUUUUUCAAAUAGUUUUUUUUCCUUAUUUAACCAUUCUUCCACUUUUUCGUUAGAUUCAAAAGAUUCAGCCAGGCCCCCAUGGGUUAUCAUCAACUUAACUGGAACGCUCCAUCUAAACUUUAUGUUGUAUUUUUUGAGGAUAGAUAUUGCGGGUGCAAAAGUUCUUCUUUUCAUUCUUGUGUUGUAUGAUAGAUCUGUCAAAACAAUUAUAUUUGAAUAUUGUCUUCUUUAAUAGUUUUCUCUCUGUAUGUUUUUAAUAUCUUUUCUUUGAUUUCAUAAAAGGAGAAACAGGCAAUUGUAUCCCUUGGAAUUUCCUGUGCAAUAUUCUGAGGUUUAUUCAUCCUGUGGCAUCUUUCAAUCUUUUCUUCUUGACCAUUUAGUGGGAGUCACAAUGUGGUAAAAUAUUAAGUUAAUGUAUUUCUCAGGUUUAUUUGGUCAUUUUUUUUCUUCCAAAUUUCUGAAUCUUAAAUUUGUCCUUCAUUUGUCCUUAAUAUCUAAUGCAGACAUUGGUUAAUAUUUUGUGUUUUCAUCUUUUAGUUGGUUAACUUGAAAUUCCAUAUCCAUAUAGUGAUCUUCCAUAUUCUGAAUCUUUCCUUUUAAUCUGAUCAUUUCAUUUUAAUUUCUUUUUUGAUUUCCAAAGUAUUUGAAAUUAUUUCUUUCUUAAUUUCUUCUAAAAUGUUUUGUAAGCUUGCAUUUAGCAGAUCUACUGCAAAUGCUUCUUUUUCUUUCUCUGUGUCAUUCAUAGAAGUAUCAGAGUUUGUAAGGGAGUCUCUAUUUACUUUAUUUAAUUUCUCUCUUUGGUUUUGUUCUUUUUUGUCUUUGUCUUUUUUGGUUGAGAUUUUUGAUUCUUGUGGGGGUUUUUUUAGCCAUCUUUUCUUUCUCCUUCCUUUAGGCUUUCUUCUUUCAACCUUUAAUCUUAUAUCUCUUUAUCCUUCCAUUUCCAUCACCCUUUUUAGCGGGGAUUUCUUAAUUUUGUAUCUAUUAGUCGUUUAGGUAAUUUGUCACGAUUAUGAAAAUCAGCUUGCAUUCAAAUAGUUAACAGCCAACUAAAUUGAUAGGGUUUGUUUUUGAUUUUCCCUUCGUAUCCCUUACUAUAUAUAAUUCUGUUACUGGAUUUGAUUAUUGUUUGUCCUGUAACAUGUUUAAUUUACAUAAUUGUUGAAGGCAGAAUCCUGGGAAUUUUUUUUCCCUUUUCUAUCUUUUUCUUUCCUUUUCCUUCUUUCUCUUUUGACUUAAUUUCUACCCUUUUUUCUUUUUCUUUUUUUUCCCCUCAUUUUGCUUUUUGUACAGUGGCUUAAUUUGUAAUAAAGAAAGAGAGCUAAUUAUUUUAGUUACUUAUAUAAUUUUGAGCAUUACAUCCAAAAAGCAAAUAAAAGGAAUAUUAUUGCCAACAUUUACUUGAAUAGUGAACUCCCAUCACUCUUAGGCAUCCGAUCCUUUGGUAUCAUUUGGAAUUUCACCUUUAUAAAAUAAAUGUCGACUUACAGUUUUCUGGGUGUUCUGUUUUUGUUUUGUUCCUCUUAGUUGCAGGCAGUAUGUACAGUUGCUCAUCUGAUUCCAACUAUGGGAUAUCCCCAGCACCUGAAUUAGUUUAGUUUUUAAGUGGGAAACCCCGGCAACAAGAAAUACUUUUAGACCCUUUUAAACUCUUUCAGGCUUCUGCCACCAGUUUCUUACUGACUUUCUUCCUCAGUACAAUAUUUAGUAAAUUCUUCAAGCCACUGUUUCGUCUCCCACUUGGUUCUGCCACGCUUGUCCGACUGCAUACUGCAUUGCCAUUAUUCCGCUCCACUCCUCAGUUACACCCCUCCUCAUGGGUGCGUGCGUAAGCUCGUCAUCACAAAUCAUGCAUCCUUGUUGAUGACUUUCUUAAUGACCUACUUACACAAAAUGCAAGGAUUUAUUUUACCUUAAAAAGAGCAUCUGUAAAAAUAUAGAAGACAUUAUUAUAAGUAUAAUAGUAACAUUAAGCAUAAUGUAAUGCAUACAAAAUUGUGAUCAUAUUUUUUCUUUUAAAUAGCUCUGUCAACCUCACAGUAAAUGGAGAAGGUUCAGUGCUCACAACAAUGGCAGCUUAUUGGGACCAGGCAUAUUCUGUUCCAAUACAAAGUACUGACGAGGUACUAGUUGGAUCACCCUUCUAUUUGGGCCUGUUUUCAGAAUCCACAGAUGGAGAUACUUUUGUACUUAGGGUUGAUGAUUGCUUUGGAACACCUGAUGGCGAUAACAAUAAUGUCAACAAAGUGAUGCUUGUGAGUGGAGGGUAUGUGUUGCCAAUGUUUUCAAUUUAUUUAUAAAGACCUGGUGACAGAUAUGAAGGGAAUUACUUCAAAAGUUCAUGAAUUUUAAAAACCAAAAUAAGAUUACUUUAAUCAGAAAUUGAUUAUUUGUGUAGCCUAUGAUGUUAUGCUUUGUUCCACUCCUUUUUUGUUCUUCUAAAAAGAAGUUAAUCACACGAAUGUGACCCUUUGUAUUUGUUUAAAAACAUUAUAUUUGUAUAUAUUCUCAGUGCAAACAUAAUAUUAAAUAUACUUCUUGUAUCCCUUCGCUAUCUUUCUGAAAUAUUUUACUGGAGACAGUAAAAUAUCCUGACGUGCAUUUAUUUUUUUAAAUAAUUCAAAUAUAAAAAUUGUGUUGGCAUUUUCAAUUUACAGAUGUCCAGCCAAUCAGGGAGUUGAUGUAGCUGUUGAAGAAAAUGGUCAAAGUUUGCAGGCAAGAAUUAAAAUCAACUCAUUUGCGUUUCAAAGUCAACCACUAGUAUACAUCACCUGUAAUGUGAGAUUGUGUUUCAAGAAUGCAACAUGCACUGGGGUAAGUAAGAUUAAUGCCCAUGAGAGCAAUGUGAAUAUUGUGUCUGAUAUGAUAACCAAUCACUUACCCCACUCUAUAGUUUGUUCCAUAAAUACUCCCUAAUAUACAAGACACAAAAUAAUGCUCAAAUAAUGAUUUUUUUUUCUUUUCAGUGUAAUGUGGCUCGUAGUGCUGAAAGUGAAACGAGUCCAUUAACUAUCUCAGUGAACUUCUUAGGUAACUGUCCGCCUGCAUCACUUUACAUUCUGAUUAGUAUGUUAUUCUGUAUGCCUUGUAUGCCUGCUUAGUGUUUUAUUCUGUAUGUUAUUCUCCAUGUUUGCUGCUUCAUUUUGAAGUUUCUAUAUUGCUUUAUCUAAAUUUGACAUUGAAUAUAUGCAUUAACAAUCUAAAUUUGCUUUCAGAUUCUUUCAGUGACUCUGCAUCCAGCACAGGUAGGUGAAUCCAUUAAUACUCACUCUAACAUGGCUAUUCAUUAAAGUGAGAAUUCAAGAUGAAUUCAAAGUGAAUUUCAAAUUUAAGACCAGAGUCGCUGAAUAGAAAGCAUAGCUGACUUAGAGAAUGUUGCAGUCUGACUACUUUGCUCUGAAAUCUGAAAUUCUUGAAAUUCAAUUGAAAAUUCACCAUAAAUUCUCACUUCAGCCAAUAACCCUUUAAGAGGUGCACUGCACAUUUAUUUGUCCUAGCAGUAUGUAUAAGACCCAUAUACACUAAAACUGUAUCCAUCAAUGCAGUGUAGUAGAUUAAUCAUCGUCAUCCAUUAAUUAAGCAAGCUUUGGUCUGUCGUACUUGUUAUAGGCUAUAUAGUAUGACCCUUGUAAAAAUAACAAAACUGUACCAUCCUUAGGAACACAACUGAUAUAUGGUUUCCUACAUAAUUCUGGAGCCCAUUAGUUGGGGUAACCACCACUUCCCUAUCAGAAUAUUCACUUAACCAAUUAAAACUGGUUGCAUGGAAGGUGUUCUAGCUGCCAGACUUUUUAUUUGGAGUAGCUGACUUUGAAACAGUUUUGUCAGAUCCCCCAAAAACAAGUAAUACAUAAAGAUGAAAUAUUUAUGAAAUUCUCACAUUGACUGUGUUGUAAUUUCACUGAAAUUCCAAUUCAUUUAAAUUUAUCAUAAGACAAAGUAGGAACUUCUUUGUCUUAUGUACUUUUACCAGGGCUGGUGCAAGAAUUUGCUCCACCCACUCAUGCAGACUGACAUACAAUGACCCAAGCAGACUGAUACGUACCUGUGCAGACUAACACACACGAAUUGACACAUGCAGACUGACGCACACACACGAACUGGCCCGUGCAGACUGACACACACGUACUGACCAAUGUAGACUUACACACACAUACUGACCCAUGCAGACUGACACGCACUGACCCAUGUUGAGUGACGCACACGCACUGACCCAUGCAGACUGCCGCACACACACACACUGACAAAUGCAGACUGAUGCGCACACACACUGACUCAUGCAGACACACACACUCACCCAUGCAGACACACACACUCGCCCAUGCAGACACACACACUGACACACACUGAUCCAUACAGACACACACUGACCCAUGUAGACAUACACUGACCCCUGUAGACAUACACUAACACAUGAAGACACACAUUGACCCAUGUAGACACACACUGACCCAUACAGACACAAACAUACCAACACACACUGACUAAUGCAGACACACAUACAGAAACACACUACACUGAUGCAUACAGACACACACAUACCGACACACUCUGACUCAUGUAGACACACACAUGCAGACACAUACUGACCCAUGCAGACGCACACAUACAGACACACACUGACCCAAGCAGACUGACAGACUGAAACACAAAUUCUUUGAAACACACAUUGUGAUUUCCCAUUGACCCUCUUAUCUUUAUUGCAUAUAUGACUGCUUUUCAUGUGUUCUUGGCAGCUUUCCUGCGCCUGGCUGCCUCCACAGCGAUGUAAGUGCUCACUAGCGCCCGGUAACAUGGGCGGCAUGAUUUGUAUAAUUACUCCCUCAUAGAGGGGUGGCCAACCAAGCAAAGCAGUAAAGCCACCCCCUCUUAAGCAGUGCCCUAGGCGGCUGCCUAAUUGGCCUAUAGUAAGCGCUGGCCAUGACUUUUCCUAUGCUUGAUGUCAAAGUUCUGUAUAUGGAGGACCCUGCAGUUUUGUGGGAUGCUCCAUAGACAUCAGUGUUGUACUCUCCCUGAUGUUGACUUCUGGCAAGCAAAGCAACAAGAGAUGAAGAUGGUGGCGGCCAUGAGGGAUCUCUCCGUGCACUGCCAGCAACUUGCCAUGGUGGUCUUUGAAAAAUAUGCAAAUACCCCAGAUGAUGAGAUCCACUACACACUGUAUCGAUUACUCACACUCUGCAUCCACAAUACACACAAACACAUGCACACAUAACAUCCACUUUACACACACACACUGCAUCCAUGAUACACACACUGCAUCCACGAUACACACACUACAUCCACUUUACUCACACACUAUGCAUCCACUAAACUCAUAUAUAAUGCAUUCACUAUAAACACACACUGAAUCCACUAUACACACUGCAUCCACUUUGCUUGUUUACACUGUGCAUAAACGGUACACACACAUACUGCAAACAUGGUACACUACACGUAAAUAUAUACUGCAUACAUUACACACACAAAUACAUGCGCUAUACAUACAUAUACACACUGAAUUCACUAUACAUGCAAACUGCACUCACUAUACACACAAACUGCAUCCACUAUACCAGGGACGUUUAGGCGCAAGGCAAACAAGGCAUUUGCCUUGGGCUGCAUUUUCCAAGGGGUGGCAAAAAAAGCCGCCCCCCAAAUGCCCAGGGCAAAUUCCAUGUUAGCCUUGCGGCUAGCAGUCCAGGCAGGCGGGUGGUCGGUCGGGCGGGUGGCGCUGGCGAGGGAGCACUUUCCCCAUAGCGCUCUGCUCCGCUCCCUCAUGCGCCAUCCACAGAGUGAUGCUGGGAGCCAGAAUAUGGCAUCACUCUGCGGGUGGCGCACGAGGGAGCUGUACACACAGCUAAGGGGAAAGUGCUCCCUCGCCAGCGCCGCCCGACCGCCCGACCACCCAGCAGCCCAGCAGCCAAGCAGCCACUGGACCCUCAGGGAAUGGGAGAACCUCCCCUCCCCCAGCAUUCCCAAAGGUAAGGAGGCUGGGGGGGGGGGUUAAAAAAAAAGUGAGUGUGUUAAUGUGAGUGAGUGUCUGUUAGUGUGUGUCUGUUUGUGUGUGUGUGUCUGACUGUGUGUCUGUUAGUGAGUGUGUGUGUCUGUUAGUGAGUGUCUGUGUGUGUCUGUUAGUGAAUGUGUGUGUGUCUGUUAGUGAAUAUGUGUGUGGGUCUGUUAGUGAGUGUGUGUUUGUCUGUUAGUGUGUGUGUCUGUGAGUGAGUGUGUGUGUGUGUCUGUUAGUGUGUGUGUGUCUGUUAGUGUGUGUGUUUCUGUUAGCUAGUGUAUGCGUAUCUGUCAGUGAAUGUGUGUGUGUGUAUUUAGAAGGCUCAUGGGGGGAAGGGUUGGGUGUGGGUGGCGCACAGGGGGGGAGUUGUCUGAGUUUUGUCCUGCCUAGGGCAGCACAAAACCAAGAUACACCACUGCACUAUACACACAAACUGCAUUCAUUGCACACACUCUGCAUCCACUAUACACACACUAUAUCCACUUUACACACACACUGGAUCCACAUUACACACACUGCAUCCCUUACACGCACUCAUACACACAGCAUCCACCAUACACACAAACAGCACUCAAUACACACACUAUCACUAAAACACACACACACACUGCAUCCCUUACACAUACACUUCAUCCUUGGCGGUGGAUUUAUUGGAGGGCCCUAUAGAAAGGCUUGGGAAGGGGCCAUGGGGACCCAGAUUUUAGGUUAUGUAAGGAGUCCCAAAAUUUCAGAUAGCUGCCCUUAGUGGGCAAUACACAGGUUCAAGCUUUAAGCAGCCCAGAUUUGAGACUUGCCUAAUGCCCGCUACCUGGAUCUGCUUGUUGCCAUACUGUAAAUAAAUAUAUCAAAGAUAACUGUCAGCAAUUGUACUGACAAUUCAUAUAAAAUUCAAGCAAUUUAAUGUAUAUAGUUGCUUACACAUAAUAUUUUAUCUUUCUAUAGCUUCAUCCUGGACUAUGCUGGCUGGUUCCCUGUUCAUAUUUUUGUCCAUGAAAUUUUUCUGAGGAGAUUCUUGGAAUCCUGUCUGCUGCUCCAGAGAUAAAUGAAUACUGCCUGGGGAUCAAAUCAUCUUCAAAAAUGAAUUGCUUUUUACAUUGGACUAUAAAUGUGUAUCUUUGACUUUGAGGUGUCUUUCAUAGUAUGUCCUCUGGAUAUCUUCCUCUCUAACAUGGCAUACAGACUAUCUUACCCUGUGUUCCUGUACCAUCUUUACAUCUGUAACUCAAAUUCAAGCAGAUGUCAAAGGGUAAUAAUAUGUGAAUCUAUCUAUCUAUGAACUGUUUUUAAUUUCUCUGAAUUAAAUAAAUAUAUUUAUGAUAUAUAAAGUAUCAGGCCACACACACUGGUUAUUGGCAUUGUUGAGAACAAGGAUUUUGUGUGUAUGUGUGUUCCAUUCCUUAAUUCAUUGUAGGAAAAAACUGAAUUAAACGUCUGAUACUUUUUUUGCGUCCCUUGAGACUAGACACUAUUAAAAAUACAUAUUUUAAAUCAGCAAUUAAAAAACAAUGAUUCAUCAACUAUUGAGAGUUGGAUAUGAUCAUAUAUUCCAAUUCUAAGUAGAUUUUGAGCAACAAUUGAAAAAAACUAAAAAUGUAAUUCACUCUGCAUUACAAUAUUUUUCAAAUUUCCUUUUAAACAGCAAAUGUACAGACACUCGAUGAAAUAUACUAAAGAGAGAAUGGGAAAAUUACAAGAAAUAUGGUGACUGUAAUAACCUGUAUGCCAUUUAGUUUUAUUUAUAUUUUAUUGCUAUAGCUUAUAUAUUUAUAUAGUUUACACAUUUUACUUACUUUCAAGGACAUCUAAUCUUUUUUUUCUGUGUGUGUAUAUCCUGGGAUGUUUGAACUAUGCUAUACUAAUAUAAGGUGAUACAGUUGUAAUCAAAAUAAUUCAACCCCCAUUGAAAAUCAGGUUUAUUGUCCAUAUGUACAGACUUUUAGCUGUUUGCAAUGAAGAAAUCAAACAAAAGUAAUUAAAAUAGCUCAACACAAUGAAUGCUUCAAGUGGUUUCCCCAUAUUCAACAGAAAAUGGAACUUAUAAUGAUCUCUCCAAUCUCAAAAUGAUUCAACCCCUUUGUAGCAGACCACGGGUAACCUGACUGGUUACCUCCACUAAUU